AUGUUGUCAGCUGCUACGAGUGAAAAGGGAAGGAGAAGCGCGCUUGAUAGUGAAAUUACGGUACUUUUUCCGGAAAUCAUAGACGAGAAAAUAAAUACUACAGAAUUUUUAGCUGCUGCGCGUGGUAUCGUGAAAAUCGUGGAUAAACUUGGUAAAGUUUUUGCUGCUGUUAAAUAUGACAUUCAGGGGAAUAUCAAUAAGCUCGCCACUAGGUACGCGACAAACAGGGAAGCCAAUGUAACCUUGCAGGACAUGAUUCUUAUUGAAAAAGCUUCUGAAACUAACUUAGUCGCUAUGGACGCUUUAAUGUGGUUAACUAGAGGAUUACAUAUGAUUUUACUGUUCUUCGAAAAAAUUGUCGAAGAUAGCAAAAUGGGUACGCCGACAGAAGAUUUGGUAGCGUUUCUUAAAAUGUCUUACAAAGAAGCUCUGGAACCGUAUCAUGGUUGGAUGGCACAACAACUUUUCGAUCUUCUUUCGCGCAUGGUUCCCACACGAUCGCAAUUUUUAUACGCAUUGACUGGAAAUGAACAAACCGACAAGAACGGUAUCGUCAUCAGCGAGAUGGAAACUUAUUUGGUCAAUUUGCGUAAAAAUGUUUCGGUAAUACAAUUAUUUUAUAAAACUCAUAAUCUUGGAAAUACAACUUAG